AUGUCACACCUAGAAGCUCUCCUCCCAAACAUCUGGCAACAAGUCCUCGACCAAAUCAUCCAAUUCGACCACAACCAAAUCUGCGGACCAAACGGCGACAUAACAAGCCCACUACACCAACUCGGCGGACUAAACUUCGCCUCCAAAACAACCCAAUACCGCGUACGCGCCUACCUAUCCCGCAAAUUCGACGACCGCAAGCUCAACAUCCUCCGCCUGCUCGCGCGGGACAUCACAAAGGAAAGCCGGCUCGCCUUCGCCGUCGCAAUCGGCAGCCUCCUGAUCGAAAAUCCUUUCCGGCCCUGGAUCCGCACCCUUCCAGUUAACUACGCGAUCGAGCUCACAUUUAUUCUGGCAGAUGCGUUUGACGAUUGGAAGGCGGCGUGUUCUCGGAUUGUUGGACCUGUUGGAACGAGACGGCAGUCGCGUGCGUUUAAGGCUCUGAUGGAUGGGGCUGAGCCGAUUGUUGCGGCUAAGUGUCGCAUUAUGGGGGAUCAUGUGCCUGCGUCGUGGUUUUCGUCGCUGUCUUGGAAGGAGCUUGAGGCUGAAUUGAACUCGAAGCAGUUGGAGUGGAUUGCUGAUAUUCUUAUGAGACGUCGGAAGGUUAAGAGGGUUGUCUUUCGGGUUAUGAGACCGGAGGAGACUCCUCAGUGA